UAUAAACAAUUACUUUAUCACACACAUCAGACUGUAUGUUGAAUUUGACAUUGUAUUGGACAUUAUGGAAGAACAAAGAAGCUCAGGCGGAGAGGUAAACAAUAAAAACUUUUCAAAUAAUCAAACACAAGUUCAUGUAGACCAUAAUGCACCAGAUGAGACUGAAGCAACUACUCAUUUGUACAAAAGAAGAUGGCUCAUUGUGUGUCUGUUCAGCUCAUAUUCACUAUGUAACUCCUAUCAAUGGAUCCAGUACGGUAUCAUCAACAACAUCUUCAUGAAGUUCUACAACGUCGACUCAUUCACCAUCGACUGGAUGUCCAUGAUUUACAUGCUUACUUACAUCCCACUCAUCUUCCCCGUCACGUGGCUUCUGGACCUCAAGGGACUCCGAGUGGUGGCGCUGGCAGCCACGGCCCUCAACUGCGCUGGCACCUGGAUUAAAGUGGCCAGCGCCAGACCUGACCUCUUUUUCGUCACCUUUCUGGGUCAGAUCACAUGUUCCAUGGCUCAGGUGUUCAUCCUGGGAAUGCCGUCCCGUAUCGCCUCUGUGUGGUUUGGAUCCAACGAGGUGUCCACUGCCUGCUCCAUUGGGGUCUUUGGAAAUCAGCUUGGAAUUGCCAUCGGGUUUUUGGUCCCUCCCCUCCUGGUUCCAAAUGUUGAGAGCAUGGAUGAGCUGGCUAGUCAUAUUCGAGUUAUGUUUUACAUCACAGCAGGCAUUGCAACAUUCCUAUUUAUUAUGGUGGUCAUGGUGUUUCAGGAGAGACCCGCUCUACCUCCGUCUCAGUCUCAGGCUGCAGCUCGUCUUAUUCCUCAAGAGAGUUACUCAUACUUCUCCUCCAUCCUGCGUCUGAUCCGUAACAAACCCUUCAUCCUUCUCAUCAUCAGCUACGGACUGAAUGUGGGAUGUUUCUAUGCUGUGGGUACACUGCUCAACCAAAUGAUCAUCCAACACCAUCCGGGUGAAGAGGUGAAUGCUGGAAGAAUCGGCCUGACCAUUGUCCUCGCCGGGAUGGUUGGAUCUCUAAUCUGUGGACUCUGGCUCGACAAAACCAAAACCUACAAACAGACAACGCUGGCCGUGUACUUGAUGUCUCUGGUUGGUAUGGUUGUUUAUGCGUUCACUCUCGAUUAUCUCGAUGAUCUGUGGGUUGUCUUCAUCACUGCCGGAGCUCUUGGGUUCUUCAUGACCGGGUAUCUUCCUCUGGGAUUUGAGUUUGCGGUAGAGCUUACCUACCCUGAAUCUGAGGGAACCUCCUCUGGUCUGCUCAACUGUUCUGCUCAGGUGUUUGGGAUCAUUUUUACUAUCUGUCAGGGGAAAAUUAUUAAUAGAUUUGGGACACUGGCUGGAAAUCUCUUCCUGUGUGUGUUCCUGUUCACAGGAAUGAUUAUAACAGCAUUUAUUAAGUCUGAUCUUCGCAGGCAGGAGGCUAAUCAAUUAGCCAGAACAUCCGCUGCAGUUGCUCAGGAUUACGGUGCCACGUGUCCUAUUAACCCUGCACAGCUCUGAUCAAUCAAACAGAGCUCAUUCUGCUUUCAGCAGCACAUACAGGCUCAGGAAACAACGAAUGGAUCGGCUGUGAGUUCUGCUGUUGGACCUGCAACCAGGCUGUAAACGAUGCAUUUUCAUUGUAGUCUGUAUAUAUAAUUGAGAUUUUAGUUUUUUAGUUUAAUUGAUCAGAUCUGAGUCCAUUACCAAAAACAACUUUUUAAUUAGAAGUCCAGUGUGUGUGUCCCAAACCACAUGCUUGGUUUCCUUUAUACUGCUUAUAUAUACCACUAUCAGUCCAUUGUGUCUGUGUCCCAAGCCACACACCUUAUUUACAAUAUAAUGUAAUAUACACCUCUAUAAAUCCAUUGGGGCUGUGUCACAAAAUACACAUCCCAUUAGCAAAUGCACAUACAGUAUAUACCACUAUAAAUGCAUUGUGUCUGUGUCCCGAAAAAAAAUCCUAUUAUACAGUAAGUAAUAGGUAAAGUUUGAAUAUGAGACUUGUUCUUGGUAGUGAACUCAGUUUGGACUGAAAUUUUAUAUCAUUUCAUAUCAUGUGUACUUGUAUUUAAUCGAUUUGCUUCUCAUUUCUGUCUGAUGAGAACGGAGCAGAAACGGGUUUAAUUUCAUUUUUCUAUCCAAGUUGCACUUUAGCCCUUGUGGUAAAUUCCAGAAUCUGAGCCGAAGUAUUAAGCAAAUAAUAAAUCAAAUUCAGUACAUCUGUUCAGAAAAUCUCAGGUUUAAUGCUUGCAUAAAAUAUGAUCUUGGUUGGAACAACCAUGUGAAGAAUUUAUCACUUUAACAUACAUUUUUUAAAGAUUGUUAUACAUUUUCCCAGAUUGUAUUUGAGAUUCUCUCAUACAGAAGGCCUCUUAAAACCUAAAUGACUUUGUGUGCAUCAGCAAAUUUACCUUCAUUUAAAUCGGACGUUAAUUAAAUGAAUAUUUCUCACUAAUCAAAACUAUUAAUAAGCGAUGAUUAAAUAAAAGGUGCCUUCAAAUAUAAAAAAGAACAUGCACUUAUAUUACAUUUACAGACUCAGGGUCGCUGUACAUCACACACGUGGGAUAUUAAGAUCGUGAACAGGAGGAAACAAUGAGUAAGCAGAUUAACUGAGACUGAGAAUAUGGGGGAGACAGGGGGUCACUGCAGCUGUUAAAGUAUUAGGGAGACGUGUGAAGAUUUUUAGUUUGUGUAAGUUGUCUAAGCACAGUUUUGAAUACGCUACAGUUUUCUAAGGGAUUUAAAAGGAAGCACUAAAGAAAGUGAGUUGCAAUAAUCAGGAUGUGAUAAAGGCAUGAAUCAGUAUUUCUACAUCAUGAAAACAAAGAGAAUCGAAGGUAUGCAAUAUUGCGAGGGUGGAAAAAAAGCAGAUUUGAUAACAGAAUUAAUGUGUGACUGAAAGGAAAGUCAAGGGUGACUUCUAAAUUCUGAACAGUAACAGGAGGGAGUUAUUCUGCCAUGUAAACUUAUACCAUCUAAGACUUUUAUGAUUCACUUUGACUUGACAAAAAUAAAAACAAAAUUAAAUCAAGCUGGACUUAGAUUAGUCCACUUUUUGAUUUUUUUUAAGGCAGUUUACUGUGGUGGGAACGAUAGCCGAUCUAAAAGGCGUAAACAGAUUAUCAGUGCUCGUGUGCUCAUAGUUGUCUUGCGACUACAUUUUUCAGAAGCUUGGUAAGAAAGGGAAAGGUAAACAUUGGGUUAUAGUGGCCAACUAGAGUGGCAUCUAGAGUAGGUUUCUUUUAACUAUAGGGGUAAUACUGGCUGUUUUCAGCAAGGUAGGAACCUGACCAGAGUGGUGAACAAUUCACUCCAACAGAAGUACGGGUUGCAAACGCUGAUAAACAGACUUUAAGUAAUGAUAUUGGUGCAGGGUCAAAAGCACUGGUGGAAGUGCUGCAUUCCAUGAUCAGUUUUCGAAUGUCGGUGUAAACAAAGUUAGGAGAUAAAAUGCAUUAGUCUAUAGUGCAGUUAAAUGGAGUUAUUCAUAAAUGGUCAGAAUUUGGUUUUGGAAGAAUUGAAACUUUUUGCACAAGGUAGUAAAGCCUGUCCGUGUAAAAGAAUAAUGAUGGAGGAGCUUACUGAUGGUUUUAAGUGGAUUAUUGGACCUACUACUGCCAUCAUGUUUUAUUCCAGAUAGAUUCGAUUAUCUGGCAGUAUUAAGAGCUUAAUGACAAAGCUUAAUGUCUGGAACAGGCCAGUUGCUGAAUAGAAGAGAGUCAGUAGGGCAGUUUCGGAAUGACUGUUCCAGCAUGGAUGAUACCACCCAGUAAAAGCACAAUCCUAACAUCCCCACUUCAGAUGCUCAGCCAAAUUAGACACAUUGUCCUGCCAACUGGAGUUCAGCUGAGACCAGUGUUUAGCACUUUCACGUCACUAAAAGCCUUUGAACUUCUGUCUGUUCUCUAGCAGGGUGCUAAUAAUUCUGGACAUGACUGGAAAUCAUUAUUUUUUGUGUUUUGUAUCAAACUGUUUUGUGUAUGAUGAUUUUAGUAGGACAACAGAAAAAAGAUAGACUGAAGAUUUACUGAUCAAAUGUUUUGCUGUGAAGUGAUUUUUUUAUUAUUAAUUCAUGAAAUUAAUGUUUUUGUAACAAAUUAAAACUUUACAUUUUUCUGUUUAGAAAUAACAGAUUUUUUUGCACAAAAUUGUAAAGAUCUAGCUUUAAUGUUAUUAAAAUAACUAAUUUAAAACA